GCCCAGACAGUCUGUCAGCGCGCGGGCUCCAGAGCUGCUCUUCGUGCCGGAGCCCGGGACGGCGCGCCCCGGGGAAGGAGGGCGAAGGGCCGCGGCGAUGGCUCCGCCGGGACUCCUGGAGUCCGCUGUCCUCGCCGCAGCUGUCUUCGUGGGAAGCGCCGUGAGUUCGCCGCUCGUGGCCCCGGACAAUGAUGGCAGCCGCCCGUUACACUCCAGAACUGAGACAACGCCCUCGCCCACGAACAAUGGAAAUGGACACCCAGAAUACAUUGCGUACGCGCUUGUCCCUGUGUUCUUCAUCAUGGGUCUCUUCGGCGUCCUCAUCUGCCACCUGCUUAAGAAGAAAGGCUAUCGUUGUACAACAGAAGCUGAGCAAGACGUGGAAGAAGAAAAGGUUGAAAAGAUAGAGUUGAACGACAGUGUAAAUGAAAAUAGUGACACCGUUGGGCAAAUUGUCCACUACAUCAUGAAAAACGAAGCAAAUGCUGAUGUUUUAAAGGCAAUGGUAGCAGAUAACAACCUGUGUGAUCCUGAAAGCCCGGCGACCCCUAGCACUCCUGGGAGCCCGCCUGUGAGCCCCGGGCCCUUGUCGCCAGGUGGCACCCCAGGGAAGCACAUCUGCGGCCACCAUCUGCACACAGUGGGUGGCGCUGUCGAGCGGGACGUGUGUCAUCGAUGUAGGCAUAAGCGAUGGCACUUCAUAAAACCCACCAACAAGGCCAAAGAGGGCCGCUCAAGGCGCCAAGGAGAAGUUACUGUCCUCUCUGUGGGCAGGUUUAGAGUUACGAAAGUGGAACACAAGUCAAAUCAGAAGGAGCGGAGAAGUUUAAUGUCAGUUAGUGGGACCGACAGCGUCAAUGGGGAGGUGUCUAUGACCCCCCUGAAGAGAGAGCGAAGUGGCACAGAGUAGCAGGAGUGACUUUAUUUGAAGAGUUCUAAGAGACUGAAAACUUAUGACAUAUAAAGUUGCCUAGGGAAUUAUUUUUUUAUCUUUUAUACAAUUUCUAUGGUGGAGUCUGCAGACAUGUGGAUGAAAGCUAAAAGGGAAUACUGUUGCUAUGCUGGAUACAGAAUUCAGUUUGCUUUGAAACAAGUUUUGGUUUAAAAAUGUCUGAUGAAAAAUUUAUUAUCUUUCCAGGGAGGAAAAGAGCUCAUGUUUUUGUCUUCCCAACCACCACCCCUCCCAAUCCCCCAUCUGUGGCCUUGGUGUACACACUGCAAUUUUUCCAGUAUGCUAACUAUGUACAGUGGAACUAUAUGUGUAUAGUCUGAGCUAAUGCUCAGGGUGUGUGUGUCUGUGUGUGCGUGUGUGUGUAUGUACACACAUGUCUGUGUGCCUGUGCUUCUGUUCCCCCAACCCUUAGAUCUCAUUUUGCUACUGGUUGUAAGACGAUCCCCUUACAGUUUAACUGUUACAAAAGAUAAAAGAUGAAUCUUUGGUGGUGAAGCCUCCUUGAAGAUAUAGUCUAACCCUGGGCAGUUGACCCCCCAAGAGAUCAUGGAGUCAGAGGGAACCAGAUGCUAGACUUUGGAUUCAGAGACGAGAAAUCAGCACUGACCUGCUACCAGCAUGCCACUCCUAGGUCACUUAUAAAAUAUUGAGAGUUUUGGUUUUUUUUUGUUUGUUUUAACUCAAGCUAAGCAAAUCUUAUUUAGCCAUUGAAUAAAGGGGGUAAUGGUUUAAAGUCACUAAAAAAAAAGUCUUGUUUUGACAACUCAAGGCUAAAACAAAACAAGACAAUCUCCACUUCUGGUGCAAGAUGGACCCACACCUUCCUCUGGUAUGUUUUCCUUGGUGUUCUUCCUGUUCUCCAUCUUGUAGCUAGUGUCUGUUAUUUAAAGGAUUCUUGAGGGUUACUUUCCCCUGUAGGUGUGGAAUACCCCACUUAAAAAAAAAAAAAAAAGCUUUACAGUUUACAAAACACCUCAAAGAACCCAGAGGUGAAGGUAGUAGUACAUUUAUGGGAGGUCUGGGCCAAGAGGUUGGGGAGUCCAGGUACAGCGAAAUCUUCAAGACCUGCCUCCAUGUUGGUAGGGUGCCUUGGCACUUCCUUUAUUUCAAAAAGAAAGCACAAUUCUCAUUUGACUCCCAAAAGAUGAUUCCCAUGAAAAUGUACUUUUUUUUUUUUUUUUUUUUGCGGUACGCAGGCCUCUCACUAUUGUGGCCUCUUCCGUUGCAGAGCACAGGCUCCGGAUGCGCAGGCUCAGCGGCCAUGGCUCACGGGCCCAGCCGCUCCGCGGCACGUGGGAUCUUCCCGGACCGGGGCACGAACCCGUGUCCCUUGCAUCGGGCAGGCAGACUCUCAACCACUGCGCCACCAGGGAAGCCCGAAAAUGUACUUUAAAGUAUCCAUUCUUUUUCUGGCACCAGACUAAAAAUGUCUAACCUUUUAAAUGAAUGGUAGGUUCAAUUUCAUGUGAAUUUUUGCUGACAACUAAUUAAAAGCUGUACAUGUGUACGUGCAUACACGCAGUAGACCCGAGGAAGGCAAUAUGGAAAUAAAUUUCCCGGUGGUCCAGAAAGUAGCAAUAUAGGAAUUUUGGGGGUGUGUAUUAGUGUAAAUAAUAUGCGUGCAGUCUAGACCAAUAGUUUUAGUUUUAUAAAGAGGAAUCAUUUUUUGUCUUAAAAAUAUUAUGCCCCUGGAAUGGUGAGGGAUAAAGUGUAAGAUAUUCUUCAGCUUUAAUUAUUUUAUAAUUUUAUUCAGGUCAGAUCGCUUUUUUUUUUUAAUAGCAAUACAACAGGCAAGAGGAUACUCAAAAUAUUUAAAUUGUAUUUAUACCAAGAGUACGUUUUAACUAUUUUCUAAUACUUGAGCAGUUGUUGUCUGACUGGCUUCCAAAUAUGCCAAAAGUUAAGCAUUCAGUAUUUUCAACAUGUAUGCUUUUUACUGGUUUAUAUUACCUAAUGAGAAUCUUUAAGUGUUCCCAAAGCAACAGAUGUUUACAGGCCUUUUGUGUUUUUCCUCCUUUAGAAGGCUUGGAGACCCACAACAAAGUUACUGUAUAAAACACUAAUGAGGGACUAACUUCUGAUGUCAUACAUGAGUUGGCUACCACCUCAAUGUAAAAAUUUGUAAAGGAAAUUUUUCACCGAGUGUCAAAUGUAUUUUUAACUGUCUGGUUUGUACUUCUAUGACUUUUGUACUACCAAAGCAGAGUUAAAAAUAAAAACGUUAAACACA